AGGACUGAAUAGUCUCAUCUUGAUGCCCUCUGGUCUCAUUCCCUUCUUCCCUCUAUCUCUUCUCCUUUCUCCAUCCCUCGCUCUCUCGGAACCCCUCAUACACUGAACCUGCGGGGAGAUCGGAGGGAGAUCAUGCUGUCUGUACUGGCACUGACGUCCGUGGUGCUCUUGAGCCUAGCCUCUCAGAUCACGGCUAUUGUUGUGUACACAAGCUGGGAGAAGCAUGCGCUGGUGGGCUCAGAUGUCAGACUCUCCUGCUCUUUCUUUUCUUGGCAUUGGACUUCUCCAGAUGUAACCUUCUCGUGGCAGUACCGUCCAGAUGGGGCGAAAGAAGGCAUCUCAAUUUUCCACUAUGGAGGUGGAGUUGCCUAUGUGGAUAACAAAGGGCCAUUCCGGGACCGUCUGGAAUUUGUGGGGAACCCCAGUCGCCGUGAUGGCUCUAUCCUGAUCAAGGAGCUCGACUUCUCAGACAACGGAACCUUCACCUGUGACGCCAAGAACCCACCUGACAUUGUCGGCCACUCCUCCAGUGUUCGACUGCUGGUGUUUGAGAAGGUUCCAGUGCAGGCUGGUGUGGUAACAGGGGCCAUUAUUGGCGUAGUGUUGGGACUGCUGAUCCUCAUUGUGGCAAUUUACUAUCUGAUGCGUUUCCUGGUCGCCAGACGAGUGUUCAGCUUGAGCAUGAGUAAACAUGGCAAGAAAGGCAAAGGAAAAGAAGGAACACAGCAAAAACAGGCUUUGGCUGUGGCGGAUCCGGUCAAGCUGAAGGCGGCAGCAUCAGAGAAGAAGAAACAGGAGUCUCGCAGGGAGAAGAAAUAGGGAUUGUGGAGCAGAGAGCUAGAGCUCCUGAGCGGGGCCUCCUCCACCCAGACCCAAGCCCAGGAAGAGGCUGCGGGGAUGGGCAGGCAGGGCAGGGUUCUUAUGACCAUUGAGCUAGAGCUCACUAAACAGGAGAAAGAGGGAGGGCAAACUAAAAUGAGUCCCGCCGCGUUCUUUUCUCAACUCACGCGCAAAAUCGCUCUCAAGUGAAACAGACUGGUAUGAAAAGAGGGGGUGGUGGAGAUUUUUGGAGGUGAGGAGUGACAGAUUAAUCUUUAAAAACAGGAGGACAGGAGAGGGUUGAAGUUUGUCUCACUUUACUUCCAACUAAAUAAAAUGUGUGGUUCAAAAAGUAAAUAAAUAAAUACUGUGUCCAAUCUAGGUGCGGCAUGAUAAAGCUACAAACUACAAGCAACAAAUGCAAUCUCAAUGGAUUUUGUUGCAGCUGUGAUUAUAAUAUAUAUAAUAAUUAGAUAUAAAUUGUCUCCCUUUGGUUUUGUCUUUAUGUUCAGGUUUAUAUAUAUAUAUAUAAUCAGCUUAACAAUUUGAGUGAUGAUGUGAUAAAAAUUUUUUUUUUAAAUGAAUAUGAUAUUAAUAUUUUGCUUUAAUAACAGCAGCAUUCAAGCUGCUUGAACUACUUGAUGAUUGUGUUUUCCGGCACGAUUUGAGAUUUUCCAAACAGCAUCUUGAGCUUAAGUGGAAGCAAGAACAUUUUACUAUACAAAGGAAUUCACGUGUACAAUGUUUCUUUUUUAUUAAACUACAAAGAGUGCAGCAUUUUAAGUCCUUAUUUAAAGUCCUAAAUCCUAAAACCUUUUGGGAUUUCUCCAGGUUUAACUGAGAGCAAAUCCCCAUAUAUUUUUGGAGUGGACUUUUGAACCCCACUCUAGUCGUAUAUUGUACAUCUGUUCGGUGAAAAUGCACUCAGUUUUUGUUUUCAGGGAGGUCUGACAAACUCCUUGUCGCCUGAAUGUUGUCGUGUUGCACCUGGUUAGGACACAGUCUUUUUAAUAAAAAAUAAAAAUAAAAAAUUGUACAUUCACAAGAAAACCCAGAACUGAGGGCCGUCCAUUACACACACACUGACAGUUUGUGAGAGCUGUAAUCACGGCAGAAUGGUGAAGAUUUCCUCUUGUUAAGUGACAGAUAGCUCUGCCAUCUCUUUCUCUAUCUGCACCCACAUGCAAUCUUAUACAAGAACACAAUCUGAGCUGCACACUUUUUCACACUUUGUACUUUUGUUAAAAAAAGGAUUUCGGAAACUAUAUAUUAACUGUCUUUUUUUCUCAUUCCCUCCCUCUCUUUCUAUUUUUCUCUGUGUUACUGCCUGUCACUCUGUUUUUGUCUGUGUCUUGCCUUCCUAUUCUCUAAUUUCUCUUCCUUAUGGCAUUUAUAAAACCUUAUACUUUCACCAUUCUUGUCAUCUGAUUUACUGGUGCUUUUACAUCACUUCUUGUAGGCUGGUCCCCUAAAGUAGCCUUCCCCCCAUCCUUCUUUUACUGAGAGCUAAGAUUUUUUAGACAUGGAAUCAAGCACACACACAUUUCAUCACAGUUAAAAUUUCAUCACAGUCACAUAAAAUUAGUUUAUAUUUCAUCCAACACACACUAACACUCAUGGAAUCAUCUUAUGUGUCCCACCAAGCAAUUUUAAGUGCUUUCCCAAUAGGUUUGUGACAGAAAUUCAAAUCUGACUUAGAGUUGUAAAGUGUUUUUGCUCUGACUGCAGUGACUGAAAUACCCAAAAUGAUGUCGAUACUGUUGGCAGAGACACUCAAACACACGCUGUGAGAGUUACUUGAUACUCUAAGUCAAAUUCUCACGUCUGUCCACAUAAGCUGUUGUCUGACAAACAGCUGGUUAUUUUAACACUCACUUGUAACUGGAGAACUAUCUGUCUCUCUUCUGUCCAGUAUUUAAACGACUGUCCAGUGAGAGCCAGCUCCUAUGGUUGCACUUUUUCCCCGACCAUCUCCACACAUAUCAUUAGUUAGGCCCAUCGCUCCAUCCCGAGUUUAACUUCAAAUCUCUCUAAUCCUCCUCUAACUAUCAUGAAUGCUCAUCCACCACCACCUCUUCUCAUUCUCUUUAUGUGCUGGUAAGAAAACCCCAGUGCUUUCUCCUGCCCCCUGCUGCCCACAGGAAAAAACAUUUUCAUUCGGCCAUAUUGUCGCAAAGACGUCAAUGCAAAAAAUGUAAGUUAAUUUAGCUAGCUCUCUGCUGACUUCGAUAGAUGCGUGUUUUUCACGCCUUUGCAUGUGUAUUUUUUUAGUCUGAUGAUGUAUCUGUAACCUGUCAACAUGUUUGGGGGAACAAAACAACAUUAAAAACAACAUUGUAGCCAUGUUCGUCACAUCAUCGUUAGUAAAGACGAGCUGUGCAGCAGCACCCUGGGACUAUUUGUGUGUCAGAUGCAGAAAUGUAAUAGAGUUUAAUGAUGUUUAAUAAUAUUUCUGCACUUUCAUUUGACUGACAUGGCAGAAUUCAUGUGGUUGUUUCUUCAUACGAGUGUUUACCAUCAGGGUGUUGGUGUGCUAAGGCUACGGGAAGUGAUGCAAUGAGGGCAGAAAAGAUUUUGGAAGUUUUUGAGAGAGAAAUAAACUUCAUUUUCAGGUGAAAAGUCAAGUCAAAGUACAAUAAACAUCUCAGGCUCACAGGAUACGUUUUUCUGUUCAAGUCUUCAUGUCUAUGCAUGUCGUCCCUACACCAAAGAGGAGCUCUCAUUGGGAAUGCCAGGAAAAGCUAUUUAAUUGUGAGUGGUUGUGGGAAAUAUGUUUGUUAGCCUACAGACAGAUGCUUUUUAUGCAUCUCAGAAUAAAUGUCGAGCUGCCACAUGGUACAUGCCAUUAAACUGUUUAAAAAUUGGGCAAUUCCCAUGUUGUAUGUAUUGUACACCUGUAUUGGUACAGGUCUAGGUAACCGUUCUCUCUUCAAACUCUAUUAAAAAGUCUAAUUAUUUUUUACUUUUAUUUUAUCUUUAACCUUUCUAACUUUGGUUUUCUGUAAAAUGUCUUGUAAAAAGAAAAAUCUCAAGUUAAAAUAAUUUCAGAAAAAUGUCAAUAAAAAAAUCUGAUCCCUUG